AUGACGAGCAUAACCAAACUAUUUAAAACGCUUAGAGAUGCACCAAACAAAGGAGUGAAAAGACACAUAACCAAUGAAAUAGUUGCAAUGUAUUGCAGCACUCCUGCACUAACCUGCGCCCUUUUAGAAGAGCUCUUGUUUCUUUCAGAAAGCAGUGUAUGGGAAGACAGGAUUUCCGGCGCGCGUAUACUGGAAGAAGUGUUCAAAGCAGGAACCAUUUCAGAUGCUUUUUCUAGCAAAGAGUAUGCAUUGGACAUUGAUAUAGAUACUGUUCUGAAAUCGCCAAAGUUUUUGGCUACACACUACACGGGAAACGAAACAGUCAGGCCAGGAAAGGACUUUAUUGACUUAGAGGACCAUAACGUAGUUCUUAGUCUAAGUGAUAUAAGCAUACCAGGCGCCAAGGCUGGCGAAGGCGGCCUUCUUAGAAGAAGAAAGCAGAUUCAUAAGCUGCAGAAAAUAGAAGAGAAAAAGGAAAUUGAGAAAAACGAGGACUUUUAUCAGCAUGUGCUAACGAAUCUGGAAUCUUAUGUAUGGGAAAAAAGGCAUGGGUCGGCACUGCUGUUGCUGGGUAUGUUUCGAGGGAUUCAGGAUAGGGAUUCAUCCAUUGUGCCAACAGCUUUUCUGCACUCAAAGGUUUAUUUGGAGCCAAUGCUGAGGGUUUUGAUUCUUGACCGAUUCAAUGACUAUGAGAUGGAUAUAGCAGUGUCUCCGGUGCGGGAGACUGUGUCCAAGGCGCUUAAAGAGCUGCUUCCAUUUAUAACACAAAAGACAGUGAUGGAUCUUCUUUAUUUGCUCUCUACACUAGGAACGUAUGAGGACUGGCAAAUAAAAUACAGCGGGCUGCUGGGUCUGCAGUACGUGCAGAGUAUUAUAGUGCCGGAAGAGCAUAAGGAAAUAGUUAAGGGGAUUUGUAAUAUAUGCUUAAAUCUGCUGAAUGACCUGGAUGAAGAUGUUAAAAGAAUUGCAGCAAGUAUUCUUACAGGAAUAAUGGACAGAUACUAUUCUGUAUACGCAGACUGCACAGAGCAGGAAGUGCAGGACAGAAUAAAUGAGGUUCUUGAUGUAGAAGACAUGAUUGAGAAAUGCUGGGAGUCAUUGGAGGAAGAGGAAGACUUAGCAAUCUCAAAGGCAAAAAUACUCAGCCUUCUUGAGAAGACGUCACACCAACUAAAAUAUGACCUGCAGGAAAUAACUGCGGAAAGAUGGAGCUCGGUGCUGGGGUUAAUUCGAAAUCCAAUUGACACUGUGCGGCAGGCUGUUUUAUCUAUACUACGGAUUAUGCCCGUGCUUAACCCAGAUAGAUUUAUUGCUUCUCUUCUGUUUAGCAUACUUGCAGAGCAGGAGCAGGACAUCCUAAACAGCACAGCAGAGCUAUUUAAAGAAAAAAUCGUGGUGCUUAAGAUAACAAGCCUAAAACCAAUUAUUCACUCUUUCCUGUCUGUAGUAUGCACUUCUCAUGUUAUUGGGACAGGCGCGGUUUCAAGCCUUAAAAUGGAAAUAGUUAUGGGAGAGAGUGACAUAUGCGCAACUGAUGAUGGAUGCAAGUCAUUAGGUGAAGAUUCUGUGAUGGCAGGGCGAGCAGAGCUAUUGAGAGUGCUUAUAGAGAGCGGCGAGCCGGUUUUAGCGCAUAUAAUUACAUUUUUCACAGAGCAAAACAACUCUCUUCCCUACUUCUCUUUCUUUAAGGCUAUUGCGGCAGUUCUGCUUAAGGCACAGUCUACAAAGGAUGAAGAGCAGGUUUUGAUCAAGAGUAAACUGGUGGACAGUCUUUUAGAGGACUCAACAGGAAGAGAAAAAAGUGAUCUAUGCAGAGUAGCACACAGCUUAGUACGCCACGUAUUUAACACGGCUUCUUCAGAUGAUGCAGAUAUUAUGGCAUACAUCUAUAAUAUACCCACAGCCAAUUCGCUUCUCAGGAUUCUUGGAGCGGCAAUUAAAACAGCACUUCCAAAGUUUACAGACUUCUUUAACAUAGUAGUAGAAUGCGUGUGCGCACAGGAAGAGAGCAAGCUUAUGAACAUGGUGUUAAAAGAAGUAAAUGAUAGCAAGAAGAUAAAAGUAUCUGAAGACUUUGAAGAAAAAGAGCCAGAAUGGGAGAUACUGACUCUGUUUAGAGAAGUAAACAAUGCAUUCCUAGAAACAGAAGUCUUCUUAGAGUUGAAAAAGAAUCUUGGAAGAUGUGGGAUUUUCCUGCAGAAUACAUUGGAAUGCUUUGACUCGAUUGAGCAGGUGCAGUUUAUUUUUGACUAUGCAGUAGAGAACAAUAUGGACAGAAUAGUUAAGUACUUAAUAUCAAAAAGCCCGAAAAACAACGAAGACUUCUUAUUGGCCAUAAUUAAAAAACUUGAGAAGAUUGUUCAAGAGGAAAGCGCUGACCAUACAGAGUUUCUUCUAUUCAUUUCCAACACAAUAUCUAGCUCCGAACUGUCGCUUCUUGUUUCCAUUGUUUUUCCACUUGUGCAGGCGAUGAACACUCCCUUCCAAGUUGAGGGGCUUAGAGAGCUUGCCUCUAAAUCAUUUGCCAUUGCCUCCCCAUCGAUGUGGAUUCGCACACCAAUAACAUGCGGCAGCCCAGAGCUAGAGCGCGAGAUAAGCAGUGCCAGAGAAAGAGUGGACUCUUUAAUGAAGUCAGAGGAUAUCUCCAAGCUAAGUAUAAAUGUGAAGCUACGUGAGUAUCAGAGAAAGGGAGUAGAGUGGAUCUGCUUCCUGCGAAAGAGUGGGCUUUCUGGAAUGCUCUGUGAUGAUAUGGGUCUAGGUAAAACCAUUCAGGUACUAUCUUUCCUAGCUAUGCAUGAAAAAACGUGUGCAGAAAAGGGAGUUCUGGUGCUUUGCCCCUCUGCUCUGACUGGGCAUUGGCACAUGGAAAUUUCAUCAAACUUCCCCACUCUCAGUAGCUGUUCAAUAGAUGAGUUUUAUGGAAAGGGCAUUUGUGUUGCCUCCUUUGAUAAGUUCCGGCUUAAUUAUACAAGGUUUGUAUCACACAGCUGGUUCUAUCUUGUGCUGGAUGAAGGGCACAUAAUUCGAAAUGCAAAUACUCUUCUUCACCAGCGGGUGAAAAUGAUCAGAGCAGAAAGCAAACUUCUUCUAAGUGGUACGCCAAUACAAAACACAGUAGGUGAGCUAUGGGCGCUUUUUGAUAUUCUGAUGCCAGGAUUCCUUGGAAAGGAAAAAGACUUUUCGAAGGAGUACAUUAAGCCAAUUGAAAAGGCCCGGGAGGGAAAAGGCACCCCGCAUGAGGCAGAAAUCGCAAAGGUCAAACUGGAGGACUUACAUCGGGCAGUUCUUCCCUUUAUUCUUCGGAGAAUGAAAGAGACGGUCCUGUCCGACCUUCCACCGAAAGUCAUAUCUGACAUCUAUGUUGAUCUUGAGGAGAUGCAGCAGAAGGUAUACAAUGAGAUUUCUGCGAAUGGAGAGGCUGGUGGAGAGUAUGGAAAAACUACUCCUACAUCUGGAAACUUCUCUCUGCUUUCUCGCCUGAUUAAAACAUGCUCACAUCUGUCGCUUCUUACAGGAGCAGAAGUACCAAGCAUUCUCACAGGAAAAGAAAAGAACUCGGCUUCCUCUGGAAAAGUUCUUGCACUGCUGGACCUUCUCAAAGUUAUGGUGAAUAAUAACAAAGUGCUUAUUUUCUGCCAGUAUAAGGCAACAAUUGACAGGCUUAUAAAGGAAGUAGGAAUUGCCUUACCAGAAGCCAAGUGGCUCCGAUUGGAUGGAACCGUCAAGGGAGAUGACCGAUCUGCGCUUGCCAAAAAGUUCAACUCUGAUCCAGAAAUGUCUAUUAUGUAUCUCACCACGCACGCCGGGGGUCUAGGGCUUAACUUAACAGGCGCCGACUCUGUUAUAUUCUUUGAGCACGACUGGAACCCAAUGAUGGACCUUCAGGCAAUGGAUCGUGCACACAGAAUAGGCCAGAAAAAGUCCGUGAAUGUCUUCCGUCUUAUCUCAAAGAAUACAAUUGAAGAGAGUAUUAUGUCUCUACAGCGAUUUAAGAACUAUAUCGCUAAUACAGUUGUUAACCAGCAGAAUGUUGAGGUUGAAAGCAUGGACACGUCGAAUGCACUGGAAAGACUUACCCGAGAAAAACUUCCAAAGGAAAAAGCAUCACGUGAAGAAGAGUAUCACGACUUUAUAUAGGCUCUAUUUACCAUACAAAUAAUAAAAUCCU